AUGGACAAACGCGACCAGAGCUUUUCACUCUAUAACCUUCUCGGAAGGCUCGGUAUCAGCGUGCCGAAUCCGGAUUACACGAAACCCGUCACUAGAGUAUAUGAGGACCUCGCAUUGGCUCUCUGCCUUCAUUCGGGUUCAUUUUGGGUUUUGCAUAUGGGGUCUAGCGAAGACAAAGUAGACGGACUGCCAUCAUGGGUUCCAGACUUCAGCCAAUUCAGCCCUGGAGGUUUUAAAGAUCAGUGGGACCUGCUUUCGAAUCCUCCACCGAUCAUCGCUGAAGAGGUUUCGGCAAUUGGCCUCUUACAAAGCGGACGCAACACCGGACAAUUAUUAAUCAGGGCUCGACGCCUGCCGCCUGUGACAAUGAUUAGCGGAUUCCAUGUACCAAACGCACGAUACCUUUCAACGACGGUGAAUUAUGGCGAAGAUAUCAAAGAUCUAGUCCUACCCGCAGUAGCUCAAUGGUUUCUCUUUGCUGAGAGCCUAGAAUUCUUUCCGUCUCGAAGACGUGGUGCCGAAGCCUUACUUGCUCUCAUCGCGAGUCUAGCAACCGAAAAGACAAGCGACGAUGAAUUCAAACCCAAGGCGGAUAUCACACAGACUUGGUGGACAAACUUCUACAAGGGGCUCAUGAUGGGUUUCACUGCCGAAGGACAACGGUCGACAAAAAAACUAGUCAAAUCCGCUUCUCGGCGUGGACGAUGCGUGAGCGCGCAUGGAGGCUGCGAGAGACCCAAUGCACAGUCCAUUGGCUGGUCAAUGAUGAACGAGAAUAUGACAGACAUUGACACCACGUCUAGAGUCCUGCUGGCUUGUCAGGGCCUGAGCCUUUGCCUGGUUGGCCAGGGCAUGCUGGCAGUGUGCGACGGCCCAGUCCAAACCGGUGACGUGCCGGUGUUCGGGGCCGGGUUAAUGGAAGAGCUGAUUCUCCGACCACGAGGCGAGGAGUUCGAAGUGGUCGGAACUGCUCGUAUCCUGAACUUCGAGGAUGACGAAAUCCCAAAGCCGUUUUCUGGGUUGGACGAUGACAGGUUGGAGACUUUGACUUUAGUCUAG